UGCAAGUGUUAUUUUAAAAUCAAGUGUUUUCCGUGAUUAUUUUAGAAAGUCUUUUAUAAAGGUGAUGCAUUUUUCAAGCGUCCUUAGGAGUGUAUUGUGUUACCGACUGAUUGGCGACUACACGUCCAUGAAUGGCUCCAGUUACUAUUCCGAGGACGUCAAUGGCGGGGUGGGGGUGUGCGUUGGGCAUCAAUGAGCUUGUUGGAGCAAAAAAAAAAAGACCACCAAGGCUGGUCAGGAUGCGCUUCAGCGAUCAGAAGGAGAGAAAGUUUGCCUAUUUAAGCGGGUACACCUGGGUCCCCCCCGCCCCCGUCACCUGUUUGGAUCAGGACCAGGCUCUCCUAUGAUGAUUGUGGCUGCUGCUGCUCUCCUGGUGACCCUCCAUGCUUCCUGGGCUGAAGAUCUGGACUAUUGCUACAAUAAGCCACACUGUGAUCCUUACGCGUGGGGUGAAGCGUUCCCUUUAUGUCACCCUCUACUUGAAGAACUUCACUCCCCCAUCAAUUUGGAGCAGGCGGUGACCACAAACCCCUCCCUGGGACCUCUACACCUGCUGGGCUUCGACGUGGCCCAAGCGGGCUCAUGGACGCUGACCAACGACGGCCACUCGGUGGUCUUGGAGGUGGGCGGCGGCAUGACGGUGAGCGGAGGCGGCCUUCCUGACGUGUACCACACCCUGCAGCUGCACUUCCAUUGGGGGGGGCCCGGCAGCAACGGCUCAGAGCACACCGUGGACGGGCGCAGAUACCCGAUGGAGAUGCACGUGGUCAACGUGAAGGCCAUCCAUCCCAACUUGUCAGCCGCCUUGGAGGACCCCACCGGGCUCGCAGUGCUGGCCUUCUUUGUUGACGUGGUUUUUGGAGAGAAUACUCACUUUGGACUUAUUUCACAAAAGUUGUCUUCAAUUGCUUACAAAGGGCAAACCACCAAAGUGACACCUUUUCCCCUGAUGAGCCUGCUGCCGGAGAACAACAUGAGCCAGUAUUACAGGUAUUAUGGUAGCCUCACAACCCCUCCUUGCUCUCAGUCGGUGGUCUGGACCCUUUACGAGGUCCCCGUCUACAUCUCAUGGACUCAACUGGGCGACUUUACCUCCCGGGUGUUCUCCACGGAGAAGGACGCGGAGCAGGAGACACUUUUGAGGAACAACUUCAGACACGUCCAUCCCACAUUCAGCCGGGAAGUCUGGGCAUCCAGAGAAGCCAAAACGCUCACGGGGUCGGCAGGGCGAACCCUCGGGUCGGCCGUCGUCCUCCUCCUAACAGCCUUGAAUGGGAAAUAUCUUCUUUAGCCAGCAGCAAUGACAGACAAUUCAAUCCAUGAACAUCCAAUCCUAAUGUAUGACCUUAAUAUGUUUGCUUUUUCAAUUUUGGUACAUUUUAUUUCUUCAUAUGGGUCAACAAGUCCACAAUAAUUAAAAUAAGUAGUGGAAAUUAUAUGUCUUGAAUAGGAAAUAGCUUCUUUAGCUAGCAGCAAUGACACACAAUAAAAUCCAUGAACAUCUAAUCUUAAUGUAUGACCUUAAUAUGUUUGCUUUUUCAGUUUUGGGACAUUUUAAAGUUUUUCAUAUGGGUCAACAAGUCCAUAUCGUUUUAGUUAGUAUUGGUCUUGAAUAGGAAAUACCUUCUUUAGCUAGCAGCAAUGACGGGCAAUAAAAUCCAUGAACAUCCAAUCCUAAUGUAUGACCAUUAAUAUUUUUGCUUUUUCAGUUUUGGGACAUUUUAAAGUUUUUCAUAUGGGUCAACAAGUCCAUAUCGUUUUAGCUAUUAUUGGUCUUGAAUAGGAAAUACCUUCUUUAGACAGACAAGUAAAUUCAUGAACCUCCAAUCCUAAUGUAUGAUCUUAAUAUGUUUGCUUUUUCAGUUAUGGGACAUAUUUUAUUUCUUCUAUGUAUUGAAAAGUUCACAAUUAUUAAAAAAAAAACAAACAGUGAAACGGUUGUCAUUUUAGCUAUUGUUGGUCUUGAAUAGGAAAUAUCCUUAGCCAGCAGCAAUGACAGACAAUAAAAUCCAUGAACAUCUAAUCUUAAUGUAUGACCUUAAUAUGUUUGCUUUUUCAGUUUUGGGACAUUUUAAAGUUUUUCAUAUGGGUCAACAAGUCCAUAUCGUUUUAGCUAUUAUUGGUCUUGAAUAGGAAAUACCUUCUUUAGACAGACAAGUAAAUUCAUGAACCUCCAAUCCUAAUGUAUGACCUUAAUAUGUUUGCUUUUUCAAUUUUGGGACGUGUUUUAUUUCUUCUAUGUAUUGAAAAGUUCACAAUUAUUAAAAAAAAAAAAAACAGUGAAACGGUUGUCAUUUUAGCUAUUGUUGGUCUUGAAUAGGAAAUAUCCUUAGCUAGCAGCAAUGACAGACAAUAAAAUCCAUGAACAUCUAAUCUUAAUGUAUGACCUUAAUAUGUUUGCUUUUUCAGUUUUGGGACAUUUUAAAGUUUUUCAUGUGGGUCAACAAGUCCAUAUCGUUUUAGCUAUUAUUGGUCUUGAAUAGGAAAUACCUUCUUUAGACAGACAAGUAAAUUCAUGAACCUCCAAUCCUAAUGUAUGACCUUAAUAUGUUUGCUUUUUCAGUUAUGAGACAUAUUUUAUUUCUUCUAUGCAUUGAAAAGUUCACAAUUAUUGAAAAAAAAAAAAAAACAGUGAAAAGGUUGUCGUUUUAGCUAUUAUUGGUCUUGAAUAGGAAAUAUCUUCUUUAGCCAGCAGCAAUGACGGGCAAUAAAAUCCAUGAACAUCCAAUCCUAAUGUAUGACCUUUAUGUGUUUGCUUUUUCAGUUUUAGGACAUUUUAAAGUUAUUCUUAUGG